ACAGACUCAUUUAACGUCUGAAAGUACCUUGAGCUCGGAGAGGCCAGUCAGCGCACCGCCGCCGCCGCCGCCAGCUCGCGCUCACUCACACACACGGCGCUCCUGUCACCGAACCCGGACUGAGGACACGCGCGCGGAGCCGCACUCUGCUCCCGUUCACCGUGGACGGGACCUCUGACACCAACAAACCCACGGGACGCAGGAAAGUCUAGACGAGCCUCAGUCCGCGGACUGACGAGGAAAUAACUCGCGGGAACGAAGCGCGUGUGCGAGAUUUCUUUUUUUCUUCUUCUUUUUUUUUUUUCCCCCUCAGUGCAUCUCUCAGUUGCGCGAGGCAGCGCGAGAAGAUCUCGCUCUCAUUUCUCUCCGUUCUCCUGUGGAUGCCGUUUAACGGGACAGCUUUCCGCGACAGCGUUUAUAGCUACUCUCUCUCUCUCUCUCUCUCUCUCUCUCGGACCCGAGCGUCACCGCCGUGUACAGAAGCUUCUUUCACUCUCCGGGAUGUUGCUGCGCGUGGCUCUCGUUCUGUGCGUGCUCGCCGGGCAGGCGCGCGGGGACGCUAAGCAGCCCAGGAGCUGCUCGGACGUCCGGCAGUUCUACACCGAGAAGGGCUUCGUGGCGGCCGGAGUCCCGCAGGCGGCGAUAUCCGGUGAGCACUUGCGAGUGUGUCCGCAGGGCUACACCUGUUGUACAAGCCAAAUGGAGGAUGAUUUGUCCGGUCUGAGCAAGAGGGAGUUUGAGGUCCAGGUGAAAGAAUCUGGACGCACCUUGCAGUCCUCGCUGAACAGCCAGUACAAGAGCUUUGAUGGUUAUUUCCGGGAUCUGCUGAACCGCUCUGAGGCCUCUCUCCAGGACUCCUUCCAGAGGGGUUUUGGACCACUCUUCUCCCAGAACUCCCGGGUUUUCCAGGAUCUGUAUACAGAUCUGCGGCUCUAUUAUCGUGGCUCCAAAAUCAACCUGGAGGAGUCUCUCAAUGACUUCUGGGCUCGCUUGCUGGAGAGGCUGCUGCGUUUCCUCAACGCACAAUACAGCAUCAGUGAGGACUACCUGGAGUGCGUGUCCAAGCAGUCAGAGACACUACGGCCGUUUGGGGAGACGCCCAGGGAGUUCAAGCUAAAGGUCACUCGCACUUUCGUGGCGGCCAGGUCUUUCGUGCAGGGGCUGGUGGUGGCUGGGGAGGUGGUCCGGAAAGUGUCCCAGGUUCCACUGAGUGCGGAGUGUGUGCGGGCUCUGAUGAAGCUGACGUACUGUCCUCACUGUAGAGGUGUGGCCUCAGUCAAGCCCUGCUCCAGCUACUGCAGGAACGUGAUGAAGGGCUGCCUGGCCAAUCAAGCGGAUCUGGACACUGAGUGGAAGAACUUGGCAGAGGCUAUGUUACAGGUAGCUGAUAGGCUUAACAGACCCUACAGUAUGAAUGCUGCAGUGCUCUCCCUGCCCAAGCGCAUCGCUGAGGCCAUCCUCUACAUGCAGGACAACCUGAGCACCUUCAACAGCAAGGUGUUCCAGGCGUGUGGUACACCUACAGAGAGCCCCAGCCCAGAGGAGCCGGUGAAGAGAGGCCAGAACCUGGCCGAGGACGUCAGCAGCACCUCAGGAGCAGGACCAGAGAAACUGUUAUCAGAUGUCUCCAUAAAGUUGAGGGAUAUGAUGAAGUACUGGGUUCAGCUGCCCGGUAAGCUGUGUGUGGAUCGCGAGGCCAAAACCAGUGAUGAGAACAAGUGCUGGAACGGCAUGGCUGUAGACAGGUAUCUCCCUGAGGUGAUGGGAGAUGGCCUAGCCAGCCAGAUCAACAACCCAGAGGUGGAGAUCGACAUCACCAAGCCAGACAUGAACAUACGACAGCAGAUCAUGCAGCUCAAAAUAAUGACCAAUCGACUGAAGAAUGCCAUCAAUGGCAAUGAUGUGGACUUCCAGGAUGCCAGCGACGACAUCAGCGGCUCUGGAAGUGGCAUGUGCAGUGAUGACCAGUGUGUCCGUGAUCCCCGUGUUAUGACCCCUAGCACAAACAGACCUAGGAACUAUCCCAACCCCCCAGAGAACAAGAAGGUGGUGAAAGGCCUGGGCAGCCGGAACGUCCCCUGCAGUGCCCUCUACCUGCUGUCACUGGCCACAGUCCUGCUGAGGCGAUAAUCCACAGGCAUUUCCACCAACUGGGACUCAGUAUGGCACAGGUGGACGGAUUGAGGAGGGGUGGGGAUAUGAGGCAGGGUAGUUACUGCCAAAAAAGAAAAAAAAUCAAAACCAACAUACAAAACAUACAAACAAUAGCAAAACAAGUGGAAACAAUUGAAUGACUUGACUUUUUUGUCACUAUAAGAACAAAUAUUCUUAGAUUUCUGUUCUUUCUGUCUCUUUUUGAAGUAUUCUGCGCUCCUAGAGCAGUUCUUUUGCUGGUCUUCUACAUCUCCAGUGUGAGGGAAACACAUUGCGCACCCACGAGCUGGUAAUUUCUGGCCAUAGAAGCAACUUAUAUAUUUGAGUUUUAGCACCACGAGAGCUGCACAAAUAGCUUGUUCUUGCUUCCAAAUUAGAACUUCUGAUAAUUUAUUUAUUUCAGUCGAAAAUUGGUUCUAAUCAUGAAUCCCAAAGCAUUUGGACAUCCGGUAUACACAAAACAGAUCCUAUCAGCAGUUACCAUAAACAAAGAGAAGAUAGUUUGGGCCUCCAAGGCCUGACAAUGAUUGAAACCUGCUAAUGAGUAAAGAAGACGUAUCCUAACUUAACAUGCUUUUGCAGUUGCUUCUCUUUGUUCGCUUUGUUUAGCUGAUGAGACCAUCUUUUGUCAUUUAUCUCCAUCUCUCUCAUGCUUUUGAUCAAUAUUGUUACCAUUUUUCCGUCCACAGCUUUGUAUGAACAGUAAUGGGCAGGCCUGCAGAAAGCACUACCUAUAUGUUACCACAGUUACGAAUGAAGUACGAAGAUACUAACACAGCCAUCAGUUUCUGACACAUCGCUUGUGGCCCUUGGCAAAGCAUAGAGUUAAGAAGUUUGUACACCAGCAAAAGAGAAAAAGACAAAAAAAUUCAAGAUGUUACAUAGAAUAGCCCACAGAAGAGACUCUCUCAAUUGAAUCAGCUUUGGAAUAUGCAGAAAGAUGUGUGUAUGUGUGUGUUUUGUGAGGUUUUGUGAUGAAAAAGACUACACAGGAACCAAGCAAGAGGAGAUUUUUGGACUGGAUGAAGAAAAACUCAAACAUCUUUUGGAGACACCCAUGGAUGAUGAAAUGCAGCCUUCUGGAAAGUUGGAAAGACUCUAAUUUACUGUAUGCUUUAGUAGAACAGCAACAUGCAGGUUUCAGUAACUGAUGAUACAAUCCCCUCGCUAAUCUAUCGCUGUACUACUACUUCCUUCUGCUUUAACUCAAACUGUUUGAUUGUGAUGAUGCAUGUGGUGGUCUCGCUGCAAUCCAGACCUUCACUGAUUUAUAUUUUUUAAGAGGGAAGUCUCUGAGUGGCGCUCUAGAGACCAGAGAUGUUCAAAUCUGGACAUUGAAUCGAGUUUCUGGUCCUGUAAUUUGUGGUAACUAUUGAUGCCAACUUAGUGCCUAACCAGUGGUUACAAACUCCCAGAUCAGAAAGUGGAUCCAGGGUCCUGAUUUGAAGACCUCUGCUAUAGACAGCAGUGGUGUAACAGUUAACCCCUUUUUGCAGUUUGGUUCGGUCAUCGGUUUCUAGGCCACGGUUCAGUUUGUGGUCACCAUGGUUCACUGUGGAUGUAACUUUAAACCAUAGUUUUUUUUGUUUUUAUUACAUAUAAGUUUAAUGCAGUGUGCAAAUACAAAGUUCCUCUUAUUCAAUAUCUUCACCAAACAAAGCGCAAGAACGAGCGUAAGUAAAAUGAAUGGAAACAUCAGCAAGUAGUAUGAAACUUCACCUGGAAUGUAAAACGGGAACAUCAAGAGGCAGAGCAGUUGUAUCAAUCAGUGAGAAUAACAAACUAAUUAUAAACUUCAAGUGUAAUAAAUCUAACAAUCACUCAUUUUCCACGUUUCAUUAAAGUUGAUGGUAGAACAACUUGAUGUCCAGCUAUCCAUUGUAAUUGCAAUGAAUUGUGCCUUCCUUCACUCUUCACAAAGUUCUACAUUUGUUUUUUCAUGUUUCCAAGUGUACUGAAAUUCUAUACAAUUUGAAAUUAAAGAAUAUAAAUAAAACUGAAAGCCUGUGAAUCUGAAACUGUGAAGGGCACAAUAUAAAUAAAACCCAUUCUUACUAUUAUCUUACACAAUGAAUCCACUUAUUGCCUUUGUUAUUGCUUGAGCACCUGGACACAUCGUGUCCAAGUCAUGACCAAUACUGUGUAGUCACAGAGUCCAAGUAAAGACUGCAUUUAAUAAAAUACAACAUUACAUAAUAUGUAUCACAAUAUAUGAUGAUCAUUAUAUUAUGUUCUUAGUCCAACUAAUUUUUGGAAGCAAAUGAUGCUGAGAUUAUUCUGUCUCUUAUUCAGAAUCACUACCUAAAGCCAUCCGAAUUUAAAAUAAAACAACAUGCAUUUUUAUCAUUAAAUGAAAACAGUAAUAACAAGAUUCAGAUUUAUUAAAACAUGUAGAGAAUGACCUUUUUCUCUGUUUGGAUAUAUUGGUGAUAUUCAAUAAUGAUAGAAUCCAAUCAGCUUAGGUGGAGGUGUCGCAUUUGACUGGUCUCAAGAACAAAGUCCAUUUUACCCCAAGACCGAGACAAGGCAGAGACUCUGGACUUGAGUACUACAUUGGAAUCUAUGAUAGGCAAGACAAAAAAUUGUUUGUUACAUGCACCAUGAGUUGAACCGUAGGCUGCCAAACUGUGGAUCUGAGUUUCAGUUCAGAACCGUUACACCACUGACAGACAAAUGAGAAUGAGAGCUGAGAGGAAUGUUAAAGCAUCCAUGACUCUGGAAUGGGUGUGUGGCUAUGUGCAUGUUUGUAAGUGUGUUUGUGUGUGUGUUUGUCUAUGUUGGUAUGUUUGAAAGUGUGAGUGUGUUUGUCUUUAAAGGGCCAAUAUCAUGAAAAACCUAAUUUUCCUCACUUUUUUGAAACGGUGCACAGUUCUGACUCCCAACAGUGCGCUCAUUUGGUAGAGGGUUUAAAAGACACAGUGAAAUAUUGGAGCCAUCGAGACAGAACAAAGAAAAGACAAAAGAGGAAAUGAAAGUUCAGACAGCGCUCUUAAUAAAUGGCAUUUUGAUCCCACCAAAACAUUCUACAAGGGUGUAAUUAAUCUCCAAAAUAAUUAAAUAAUAGAAUUUGUGCAACAAUAGCAUAGGCCAUGAGCACAUGUUGCAGCUGCAUCAUUGCGUAUUUAGCCCUCACACGUACAUCUGAUCUGGAGAGUUGAAAUAGUGUCAUUUUGAGGGUAAAUAUUUUUUCACCGCAUGUUUGAGGGCUUGUGUCUCCAUUUAGUCACUGUGACAGCCCCUACUGUUAAAGGAAGUCUUCCAACAUCACUUUCUUAAGGUACACAAACUUUUGGCCAGUUUUAAAAGGAGAUCUACACAAAUUGUUCAAACCGUAGCAAGUCGAACAGAAUCAGCCCUGCUUCCUAUAUCUCCACCCAUUUCUGUGUCAUCCUCCUACGUUUUGCAUGAGCCUCCCUCAGAUGCAGGUGCAUGAGAGAGAUGGUCAUUCUGCCUUUUUCCAUGCACACAGGUCAUAAACAGUGUGUGCGUUUCUUAUGUGACACCCAGGCAGAAUAUAUCUGAUAUGUGUUGGAACCUGUAGCAAAAGGCUUAGUACAUCAGGCCCAGUGUGUGUGUUGUUCUGUGUGGACAUAUACAUGUUUGGAAGUAUGUGUUUGUCUGUGUGUGGAAAGUUAUAUGAGAGUGUGAGACAAUAGAAAUUUGUUCUGCGGCUUGAUUGAUGCUCAAGGUUGCUGAAUGCUUCAGUUUCAGUGUCUGUGACAGAAUGUCUUUGUUCUGUGAAUGAGUCCUCACAGCCCUCAGUCAUGUCUUCACUCACAGGUCAUGGCCCCAGAAUGUGUGGUGGAGUUCUAGAUGGUGUCAUAAAGUGCACUCGUUGAGAGCAAUGCACGAAUAUUACGGAUUACUAUAGGGGGCAGUGUGGAGAGGGAACUUUGGAGUUUACAGUCUGUCACAGGGGGAAGUUUAGGGACUCCAAGGGAAAAAUCCUUGGAGUUAAAAGUAUGCCAUAGAGGACAGUGUGGGGACUCCAAGGUAUAACAUAAUUGGACUUUGCCAUCUGUCAUAGGGGGCAGUGUGGAGACUGUAAGGGAAAAAUUCCUUGGAGUUCACAGUCUGAAAUAGGGGGCAGUGUGGAGACUCUAUGGGAAAAAAUUCCUUGGAGUUCACAGUCUGCCAUAGGGGGCAUUGUGGAGACAAAGGGUAAAAAUUCCUUGGAGUUCACAGUCUGCUAUAGGGGGCAUUGUGGAGACAAAGGGUAAAAAUUCCUUGGAGUUCACAGUCUGCUAUAGGGGGCAGUGCGGAGACAAAGGGUAAAAAUUCCUUGGAGUUCACAGUCUGCCGUAGGGAGCAGUGUGGAGGCUCUUAGGGAAAAAUCCUUGGAGUUAAUAGUCUGCUAUAGGGGGCAGUGUGGAGACUCUUAGGGAAAAAUUCUGUGGAGUUCACAGCCUGAAAUAGGGGGUGGUGUGGACAUUCUAAGGGAUUCUUGGAGUUCAAUCUGCCUCCCAGUUUAUGGAGAUUCCAAAGGAAAAAAAUCUUAGAGUUAAUAGUCUACCACAGGGGGCAGUCUGUAGAUUAUGAGAAAAGCUUGGAGUUUACAGUCUGCCAGAGGGGGGCAGUGUGGGGGCUUAGAGGGAAUAAUUCCUUCUGCAGUUCCAGCACUCUAUUGAGAGCCUCAUGGGACAUCCCGGCUUUUCUCUGCCUCCAUUUGUUAUCUACUGUCCUACAGGACACAUUCCAAAAUAUAAACAAGAAAAAGUGAGGGAUAAAAUGGUACCAUUUCUGAAAAUUUGCACAGUUUCCACCUUCCUUGUUAUCUGCCUGUAUUUCUAACUUUUUGCGCCACAUCCUCAGUGCUCCACUCCUUUAUUUAGUCGGCUUGAUUUUUUUUUUUUUUUUUUGAAAACGCACUUUUUCUGACGCACAUGAUCACUCAUCAAUAGCACAGCACAACCUUGCUUGAUGCUAGCCUGAUGCUAACCUGAUUAUAGUGAUCGUAGCAGAGCAACAGCCUGCCAAAGCUAUUGUUGAUCAAUGGGGAUCCGUCACAUACAUGCGUGCUGUGACUGCGACCCCGGGGUAAAGUGCUGGGUGUCUUAACAGGUACUGUAUACAUGUGAUGGGAUCCCAGGUGAGCACUUAGCAAUAGCAUCUCAGAUAGCAUUGUGGAUAAAAGGCCUGAAUGAAAAGGUGAUCAUGCUAUGAUGGUGGUUAGUGAGCUAAUUUAGUUUGUCAGUUUGAGCUGAAUAAAAAAAGUUACUUGUGUAACAACCUGACUUUUAAGCCAAGCCUGAUGCUAGCUCACUAGCCUGAGACUUGCUAAUUGUUCUGACAGAACUGGUGUCCCAGGGACCCUAAAGCACCACUUUAAUUGUUGAAUGUGGGUGGCAUUACUGAAACGUGCCAGGUUGAAAGAGAGAAUGAGAACAAGAAUGGAAAAAAAAAAUCGACAUAAAAAACAUUCUGAUAUAUGCUUUAUUAAUUUCUUUUGUGUUUCUGUUUUGUUUUCCAAUAAAACACCAAUAGAGUUUGUGUUCAUGGAUAGAGUGUGAAAAACCGUCAAGGAGCUUGAUGAAAAUUGUGUCAAAUUUGCUGUUGUAUGUUCCUGGAAAAAAAAACAACUUCUUGUGUCAAUUAUAUACAUUAUACUAUUUUCAA